UGAGAUGAGCGUGGGAUCGCUCUGAAGACACAGAAAAGCUUGGGUGGGACAGAUGCAUGAGCGAGGGGUGUGUCAUGUGACAUGACAAGUAGGUCGCAGUGUGCCGUUACUGAUAGUGUUUAACUAAACUCUCCCUUACUCUGAGCAGAGACAGACUGAGAGGAAGUGAUGCAGGAAACAGAAGACGGAGACCAUGACUAAGUCUGUGCUCAGGUUUGGUUUGUUGAAGUGUAGUUCUUCAGUGUUUGUUGCUGUAUCUUCAGUUUGGUGAUGGAGCCUCAACGGCAGAUCUACAAAAGGCUGGACAUCCCGGAUCAUGUGCAUUACAUCAUCGCCUUCUUCAUCCUCAUCAUCGGCACUUUAGGAGUCACGGGCAACGCUUUGGUCAUGUUCGCCUUCUACAGUAAUAAAAAGUUGCGGAGCCUGCCAAAUUAUUUCAUAGUGAACCUGGCGGUCAGUGAUUUCCUCAUGGCCAUCACACAAUCUCCAAUGUUCUUCAUCAACUGCCUGUUCAAGGAGUGGAUGUUUGGGGAACUGGGAUGUAAAAUAUAUGCAUUCUGUGGUGCACUGUUUGGCAUCACCUCGAUGAUAAACCUGUUGGCUAUCUCUAUCGAUCGAUACGUGGUCAUCACCAAACCGCUGCAGACCAUCCAGUGGAGCUCCAAGCGCAGAACCUCUCUGGCCAUCCUCUGCAUCUGGCUCUACUCACUGGCCUGGAGUCUGGCACCUCUGAUUGGCUGGAGUUCCUACAUCCCUGAAGGUCUGAUGACAUCCUGCACGUGGGACUACACCUCUCCGUCUCCCGCCAACAAGAGUUACACCAUGAUGCUGUGCUGUUUUGUCUUCUUCAUCCCUCUGGCCAUCAUCCUCUAUUGUUACCUGUUCAUGUUCCUCUCCGUACGAAGAGCCAGCAGAGAUUUAGAGCGGCUGAGCUCUCAGAAGUCCAGCUUUGUGAAGCAGCAGUCCAUGAGGAGUGAAUGGAAACUGGCCAAAAUAGCGGCUGUGGUCAUAGUGGUGUACGUACUGUCCUGGUCUCCCUACGCGUGCGUCACCCUCAUCGCCUGGGCAGGGUGA